ACAAACUAUAUGGCAUAACCAACCUCGCCCCCAUACUACAUUGUCACACUUUUAUUAUCUUCUCAAUCACUCCCCAUGUCCACGUGGCAGCCUAACAUUGACUGCUUAUCUUCUCCUUCCAUAUUCAGCUAGCACUUUUAGUAUCCCAUACUCAAUAACACUUCUUGUAUAUCAUUCUCCUCUGCAUAAAAUUUUCAAGUUGAGUUAUCAAGAAUAUACUUAACAAUGGAGGCUGCUAAUAUUACAUGUUGUGCACGUGGGACCCUUCUUUCGAGCGUUGCUUCGCAACAUUCGACUACUUCGCUGGCCUCUCCUCGUUCCAUUUCUGCAUCUUACACAUCCAAGUGUUUAAAAUCAAGCUCACUGUUUGGGGAAUCCUUGAGGACUAUGCCAAGAUCAUCACUCAAGGUUUCCAAGUCUAAGAAGUCUUCCACCCUUGUGACAAAAUGCGAAAUUGGUGACAGUUUGGAAGAAUUUUUAUCAAAGGCAACAGAGGACAAGGGGUUGAUCAGAUUGAUGAUGUGCAUGGGAGAAGCAAUUAGGACCAUUGCCUUCAAAGUAAGAACAGCUUCUUGUGGAGGAACCGCGUGUGUCAACUCUUUUGGAGACGAGCAGCUUGCAGUUGACAUGCUUGCUGACAAACUCCUGUUUGAGGCCUUGACGUACUCCCAUUUCUGCAAAUAUGCUUGCUCUGAGGAAGUCCCUGAGCUUCAAGAUAUGGGAGGUCCAGCUGAAGGAGGGUUUAGUGUUGCUUUUGAUCCACUUGAUGGCUCUAGUAUUGUGGACACAAAUUUCACUGUGGGCACCAUCUUUGGUGUGUGGCCUGGAGAUAAACUAACAGGGGUAACAGGAAGAGAUCAAGUUGCAGCAGCCAUGGGAAUCUAUGGACCUCGAACUACAUAUGUGAUCGCUCUCAAAGACUGUCCUGGAACCCAUGAGUUCCUUCUCCUUGACGAAGGAAAAUGGCAACAUGUCAAAGACACAACUGAGAUUUCAGAAGGGAAGAUGUUUUCUCCUGGAAAUUUGAGAGCCACAUUUGACAACCCUGAUUACAAAAAUCUAAUCGACUACUAUGUCAAAGAGAAAUACACACUGAGAUACACCGGUGGAAUGGUGCCUGAUGUUAACCAGAUUAUUGUGAAAGAAAAGGGAGUGUUCACAAAUGUUAUCUCUCCAACAACUAAGGCUAAGCUAAGACUGCUAUUCGAGGUGGCUCCUUUGGGGCUCUUGGUUGAGCAAGCUGGGGGAUACAGUAGUGAUGGCACACAGUCUGUGCUAGAUAAAGUGAUAGUUAAUCUUGAUGACAGGACUCAAGUAGCUUAUGGAUCCCUGAACGAGAUUAUAAGAUUUGAAGAAACUCUAUACGGAUCUUCCAGGCUGAAGAAAGGUGUGCCAGUAGGCGCUUCUGCUUAAACAAUUCUACUCAACACAUAUGCUAUCCUUCUAGUAGAAUAGCACUACAGUGCAUCCUACUCAAGUUCGUAGAUUGUGGAGAUCAGCUACCAGCUUAUUAUAACAAGUUUAAGUGUGUUAUAAGAAGAGGUCAAAUGUCUUGGUCGCUGUACUUUGCGUGAGAUUGUUGUUUAUCUGCUUUUAAAGUACAAGAAAGAGGAAUUUUAAAUUUUUUAUAUAUACUAAUUAUAAUGCUCAUGAUC